AUGGCAGUUGCAACAGAGUCUCACCUUCCACAUCUCUCCGUCGUCGACUUUCCCUCUCUUCUCCAAGCUAUGGCCGCCGACACUCUUCUUGCCGCUGCUCAAUCUCUCGCUCUCAUUGGAUAUCUGCUGGCUAAUUUCACCAGUUUAGUGUCUCCAAAAUUGACCGCAAUGGAUUCAAGGUUUCCUUUGGAACACCUUUUAGGGAGGAAAGCUGCAAACUUGGAAAACAAGAGUGAUACAGAGGAUGAUGACGAUGACGACGAUGACGAGGAUGUACAAGAUGAGGACGAUGAUGGAGAAGAUGAAGACUUCUCAGGUGAUGAAGGUGAAGAAGAAGGGGAUCCCGAUGAUGAUCCUGAGGCUAAUGGUGCAGGAGGAAGUGAUGAUGACGACGAUGGUGAUGAUGAUGGCGACGAUGGUGAUGAGGAAGAUGAAGAAGACGGCGAAGAUGAAGACGAAGAGGAUGAAGACGAGGAAGAUGAUGAUACACCCCAGCAGCCACCAACUAAGAAGAGGAAGUGA